AAUUCCGUGCUCUCGAGAAAGUUCAUCCCCUUUCACCUCUGUCCCGAGAGCCAAUCCGCCUACAGAUCAAGCCUUACAAAACCCCACUUACCACGAUACCACCUCGACCCUAACCGGCUAAUCGACCUGAGAUCGAUCUCGAGUGACGAAAUUGACGACAGGAAGUAAGAUCCGGCAAGAUGUUCUUCUUCUUCGUAGGCGGCGUAGAGCAGGGGGCCGGGCGGGUGCUCAAGGAAGCGGCGGGGCGGUGCCUCCGGUGCGGCGGCGCGGCGGACCUGGUGGAGACGGAGAAGGUCCUCAAGCUCUUCUUCGUCCCCGUCUGGCGGUGGCCGGGGAAGGACCCCGCGUACCUCUGUCGCGAGUGCGGCCUCCUCGCACCGGGCUCCCUCGGCGCGGAGUCGGGACCCUCGCUGCUGCUCCGGGAGGCAAGGUGCGGCGCGUGCAGCCGCGCUGUCGAUCCGCAGUUCCGGUUCUGCCCCUUCUGCGGCUCCGCCCUCUGAAGUGAUUGCCGGUGGCGAACUGGCGAUGGCGACUACAUAGCAGAGGUGACGCCUUUUGCCAAUUUGGUUUUACUAGUUUGUACACUCAGGUUUUACUCGUGUAAAAACUAUGUAUAUUAUCGCAAAAAAUAAAGGAAAAACACCACCACCA